AUGACAGCUGCAGGUUCUUCAGAGAAUAUAAUUAGUGCAGAACAGCAACAAGCUAUUCAAGAGAGGGACAAAUAUCGUCAGAAGAAAAUCCGGCACCAUAAUGAUGCCGAAUUUGAAAAGCUGGCAGAGCUAGCGGAGGACUGUAUUACACCUACAAAGCCGUUAGCACUGUUAUCGAUGUCCCCCAAGGGCUCAGAGAGAAAGGCUAGCUCACAGUCUAAGAUACUUACAAAGCGCAUAAUUGAUGAGGGUACCAGGGAAUUUUCAGAAACUUCUCUGCAUACGUAUGCGACUUCUGACAGUUUUUACACGGUAGCCUCGAAAAAUGGGGGAGAAAACGUUGAUUAUCAGCAGCAUAAAACGCCAAGUACUGUAAAGAUGACACCAUUCUCGAAAUUUGACCCAUUGCAAACUCCAGUUGUUGGGUUCAAGAACGCGGGCGGUGUACAUGGAGGGAAUAUGUACGAUGACGAAACUCCUAAAGCUAGUUCAUAUAUGCGUAAUGAUGGACUGCGAAACGAGGUCGAUCAGCCUGAAGAAGGGUCUCAAGAGGUGAGCAGACAUAAUUCUUCUGUACAGGCCUUCCCUGCUAUGAGCGGUCUGGGUCUUUCGAACCUAGAGACAGAGUUUUCCGAAAAAGUGGUGAAGGAGAAUUCAGAUCCCGACUUUUCUAACUACGACUACGAGAAACCCCUGGACAAAGAAUUUCCAAGCCUUUUAACUUCUGACGACACAAAGCACGAUGUUACAGACCAUGAGAACGCUUUUACCUCCGCAUCUGGAUCAGAAGGAAAACCGCUGUCUAAAGAUAAUAUUGCACUGACAAGUACUGGAACGCUGUAUGAAACUGGCGAUACUACCAUGGACAGUAGCAAUGAAGAUAUUCAAGAUGAAGCUCGCCAUAUACUUGGCAACACAGGAUAUCCCCUACCUAGUGGAGCAGCACCGACUAAACCGCUUGUAUAUGGUUCGUUACCCAAUGAAAUAACACCUCGAUCCGAGCUGAGACCGAGGCCAGACUUUAUUAAAUCAAACAGGACGACCCAGUAUUCAGUGGGAAAAUCUGACCAACUACAGGAUUCUGAUAACCUCGCAUAUCUUUUCAUUAUUUCAAUUCAUUCAUUUGAUGCGCAGACCCUUGAUAAUGAGGAUGACAAAAAUAUAUGUCUCUCAUUUGAGAAAGACGAGAUUGCAUUUGUUCACACAGUAGACGAAUCUGGAUGGGGUGAAGUCACUCUUAUAAGGACUGUAAAACGGGGUUGGGUUCCAUUCAAUUACUUUUCGGACGUAGUGAAACCUAUAGAACAAAUUGAGAAUAAAAAAGAAGCGCUAAUGGAGAGCAGGAAACCUUUAGAGCUUUUACUAUCAACGGCAGGGAAAUUUCUUGUUCAAUCGCAACAGUAUGCUACGUCCAAUGCAGCAAAAUCUGCGUACCUAGGGACUGUAAACGAAAUACGAGAUGGCGUGAAACAUUUACUUCAGAAAACGGAUUGUGUGUCAAGAUCUAAUGACCUAGUGAAGGCGAGACCUAUAAUACGAAAAUACAGAAAGAAGUUGCUGGCAGACUGGUACAACUUAAUGCUGAAAGCAGAUCAAUACAAGGAUAACAUCGAUAGCAAUAAGAUCGAGAUCCUACAAAAUUUUGUAUAUUCCGUUUUAAGAAGGUCGUUCAACUUUUACAACGUCUGGGUCAAGGAAAGUCUAGCCUAUUCUUCAAUGAUAUCCUCCAAGCAGCAGUCAAAUGCACGUGGUGAAGACCGCUCUGCACAGCUAAUAACCUACUUGUCACAUCCUCCUAAGACAAUGGCCAGAUUGACUGAAAUACAUGAGCUUUUGUUUACCUAUAUCGGCCUAAUUCUUGGCCGUUUGGACAUGAUCGAGCAUAACGCAACAGGUUGUGAACUCCUAGAGCUCCUUGUUCACCAAAUAAUCCUUCUCUUACGGGAUUUAUUAUACAUUAGCAAGUCGUGUUCAACAUUGAUUCAUUCCAGGUAUAAUGACUUAUAUCAAGAUAAUCUGGACCACAAUUUAGACCCACUUUUAUCUCUAGUAUCGGAAUUGGUUUCAUGUGUUAAGCUGUUCGUCAAUGCCACAAUCAAUGAAUCGAAUAGUGGUGAAAACCUUGCUAUAACGGAAGAGAAGUAUAGCCAUACUCCGGAGGGUUCUCAAUUGAUAGUAAUAGUUUCCAAGAUGACAAGGUUAAUAAGCAAAGCGAUAUUUGCUUGCAAAAAUUACCUAAAGCUGGUUGGUGAUUUUCAAUUAGGAAGUGAAAGAAAGUACCCAGAUUUCCGUCGGAUGCAUGUUACACCAGAAAUAUUUGUUAAAAAAUGUUCUAGCGGCAUGCUUGAUAAGCUUAAUAGAAACAAUGCUUUUUCAACUAUUAUCAAGGAGAAUAGGGAUUCCUUACUUCAGUCGCCCUCUCACAAAAAAAGAUUGGCGCACUACUCCACCAUUCGCUCUGGAGCUGAUGGAAAUUCGUUAAAUAUUGUUGGGACUCAAUUUUUAAAAGAUUUCUUACCAGAGGAUGGCACUUUUCUCCAAGAUCCUGAGUUUGAACCUUACAAACUGAAAGACACAGAGACAGUACAAGAUAACAAUGAGCUCAUAAACAGCAAACCUGAUAUGAAGGAUGAAAUGGUUUUUGAUAAGUCAGGUAAUUUGAUUGGUGCUUCAUUUAGGGCUUUAGUGUUUACCGUAACUGAUGAGCUAGAAAAAGAGGAUGAUUUCUUGCGUGCGACAUUGUUGCUAAAUUUCAGAUUAUUCGCCACUAGCUCGGAGUUGUCAGAGGCUUUAAUAACCAGGUUCGAUGUUAAGGAAACUUUCUUCAAUUAUGCUGAAACUGAGCGUAAUGGCCAAUAUUCAUCUAGAGCUUCUAUGAUAAAGGCCAGAAGAAGAAGGGUAUGCAAACUAUUCUUAAUGUGGAUGGAAGGGUUUUGGAAUUUUAAGGAAGAUGGUGAACUUUUACCAAUGCUAAUAAACUUCUUUAAUGAAGGCGUAGCACUGUUUUUACCACUGGAAGCCAAGAUAUUAAUGGAAUCUGCUGCUCGUCUAUGCUGUUUUGCAGUUUCUAACAGUAAUGUUGUCUAUCGCGGACCUUUACAACUGAUACCCAUGAUUCUAGACACGAAUAACAGAAAUUCAAUUAUUUCUUCGUCGUCUACGUCUCCAUCAAGCAGGCUGUCGCUGGUUUCUGUAGACGAACAGUUCAUUGAAGAAUAUGAGCUAACGAAACUACCAACCAGUAACCGCAACUCAAUAGCCUUGCCAGCCACUCUGCUUAACGUGGCCAUUCCUUCCCUAAUCACGAAGAAAAAUAUUUAUGAACUAGAGAAAAUUGUGCGCACUUACCAUAGGAUCAUAGCAACUCACCACGGGGUCCCUUCGUCUAGCAGCAUAAUGCAGCAUUUGAAUCUAGAGGUCACUCUGAAAGACUGGCUUACAUUGGUCCGGACACCAUCGGAUAAAAUCGAUUUUGGUCGUUUAAACCACAACGACUUCAGCAUCACGGAUUUAAAUCCUCUUGAAGUCGCAAUGCAAUUAACUCUGAUAGAGUCCGCGAUUUACUUAAACAUCACGCCUUUCGAGCUAUCAAACAUGAAUCUUAACACGGUAUCAGAAGAUGCCGCCUCCGAGAUGUCACCGGUACAAAUUGUGUUAAAAUUCACCAACUUUUUAUCACACUACGUCACAGAAUCUAUCGUAGGUCCCGGUUUAUCUAUGGAAAAACGUGUUUACAGGCUUACAAGCUGGUUCAAGAUCGCUUCCGCUUCGUUAUAUUUCCGGAACUUUAAUUCUGUAGCCUCCAUCAUGACAGCCCUACAAAGUCAUUACAUUUCUCGUCUAGACCCCAUAUGGAGUUGCCUAGACGACAAGGACCUAGAUCUUUUCGAAUAUUUAUCAAAGAUCAUUCAUCCGAACAAUAACUACAAGGUCUACAGAACAAAAUUGAAUAACAUUAUUGAUGAGUAUUCCCAGAGUGAUACUUCAAACGCAAAAUCGCAAAUUCCCGUUGUUCCCUUCUUCAAUCUAUUCUUACAGGAUAUCACCUUUAUAGAUGAGGGAAACCCUAAAUAUAGGAACCCAGACGCCUUCAAACCUAACAAAAUUGUCAACAUCGACAAGUACCUACGGAUAUCAAAGAUCAUUGCUACAAUUCAGUUUUUCCAGGUACCGUAUGACACAGAGGAAAGAAACGUGACCAAGAAGAAUGACUUUUUCUUUAACGUUUCGCGAUCCCGUAUAAUUACUCCCGUACCUCUUCUCCAGGAGUACAUUCUAUACGAAUUCUGGCGCGUCGGCACGCUAUACGCCAACGACCUAGACAGAAGCUACAACUUGAGCUUGAAGCUAGUACCGAACAAACUUUAG